AUGUCCAAAUCCAGGGAAACAACAAUAGUGAAAAAAGGAAGGAAACAGCUUCGCAAUCAAGUGUGGUGGAAGGUUCAUUCUUUUCUGAAAAGCAUCAGAUUCAACAACAGUGUUGGGGAAAAGAUCUCCUUUGAUAAAAAUGGAGAAUUCAUUGGUGGAUAUGAUAUUAUCAACUGGAUCACAUUCCCAAACCAGUCUUUUCUUAGGGUCAAAGUUGGAAUGGUAGAUCCCACAGCUCCAGCGGACAAGUUCUUCAAUAUUUCUGUAGAUUCCAUCACGUGGCCAGUAGGCUUUAAUCAGGCAUUACCUCUAUCUUUGUGUAAUGAUCCUUGUGAGACAGGAUACAGCAAGGCCAAGAAAGAAGGAGAGUCAUUUUGCUGCUAUGAUUGCCAUCUGUGUCCAGAGGGGAAAAUAUCAAAGGAGAAGGACAAGGAUGACUGCUCUCCAUGUCCAGAAGAUCAAUAUCCAAAUCCUGAUAAAAAUAUGUGCAUUCCAAAGCGGAUCACUUUUUUGUCCUACGAAGAACCCUUAGGGAUCAGUCUGACUGUUCUUUCUCUUUGCUUUUCUUUGUUAACAAUUUUGGUAAUAAUAAUCUUCAUGAAACAUAAAGACACUGCCAUUGUCAAGGCCAACAACCGGAAUCUCACCUACACUCUCUUAGUCUCUCUCCUCUUCUCUUUCCUUUGUGUCUUUCUAUUUGUUGGAAGACCUGAUAAGAUUGUGUGUCUCCUUCGACAACCAGCUUUUGGAUUGAUUUUUUCUGUGGCAGUUUCUUGUGUCCUCGCCUUUGUUGUGGUUCUAGCAUUCAUGGCCACCAAACCUGGUUCCAAAUUGAGGAAAUGGGUUGGGGGAAGAAUGAUCAGUUUCAUUCUUCUAGCUUGCUCCCUUGUCCAAAUAGGUUUUUGUGCUGCAUGGCUGAUAACAUCUCCACCAUAUCCAGAUUUUGAUACGAAAUCAAUGUCUGAAGAAGUGAUCAUGGAGUGCAAUGAAGACUCGGUCAUGUACUACUGUGUUUUGGGCUUUAUGGGUUUUCUUGCUCUGGUUAGCUUCUCUGCUGCUUUUCUAGCUAGGAAGUUACCUGACAGCUUCAAUGAAGCCAAAUUCAUCACCUUCAGCAUGUUGGUCUUCUGCAGUGUUUGGCUGUGCUUUAUUCCAACCUAUCUAAGCACAAGGGGAAAAUAUACAUUGGCUGUGGAGAUCUUCUCCAUGGUUUCCUCCAGUGCUGGCUUAUUGGUGUGCAUCUUUUUCCCCAAGUGUUUUAUCAUCGUGAUGAGACCUGAAAUGAACAAUAAACAUCAGCUCAUGAAAAGGAAAUUUUGACAACUCUUUCCAUUUGUUUCAUAUCCUUUAUAUGUAGAUUUUGGAGUCUUUCACAAUUAAG